AUGAAGCAGACUGAGCCCAUGGAAACUGAGACGCAGUCAGAAACGCCUACAGCACCAAGUUCACGUGAGUCCGUUUCUGAGCAGAGCGGGGCGGUGUCGGCCGAGUCACGGAAGGUGUUGCCUCGGAUCGCAAGUGCGGGCAAUGAGCUCUAUCGCGCAGCGGCGCCUGGUGUGCCAUCCGCGGUGACUGCUUCGUAUUCUGACUUUAUUGCACAACAGCAGCAUUAUCAGCAGCAACAGAGAAGUUUAAGCGGCAGUGGUGGCAGCGGUCUUCGUCAUAGCUUUUCGUGGGGUUCGUUCGUAGCGGCACCACCGUUCGCCGUCGGGUAUGGAAGCGGUAUCGGAGGCAGCGUCCCUAACCUGAGCUCUGGGGCUGCCCCGUUGGGUGCCGCAGAGAUUCUCGCACAAAACGCAUACCUCCACUCGGAACUAAACCGGGCGCAGUCGGAAAUACAGGCACUACGGAAUCGUAUUUACGAGCUGGAGAUGCACCUGGGGGUUGCCAGCUGUGGCGUCCGUUCCCCGACUGAAAGAGCAUCAACACCUCCAGCUCCGGCGAGCGCUGGUCAGGGCAAGGCGCCAGGCAGCAGCACUGCGGUCGCUUUGGGCUCUGGGCCAGUGCUGACUGCGCCGCCGCCCUUGCACGUAGCAACUGCAGUUCCGUUUGGAGGAUCAGCUGCGAUACCGGCUUCUGGUGUUGGCGCGCUGUACUCUAACAAUCGAGUGAUGCCCUGCAUGUCAAUGCCGCAUAGCUCGAGUCCACUGAAUUUGCCAGCCUGGCGACCAGAUCGGUUUUCGCCGUCUCCACCACCCGCCCAGUUUGGCAGCGGCCUCAGCACCAGCGCUACUACUGCAUCUGGGCGCGCGGCAUCUGUGCCAAACCAACCGUUUUCCUCUGCUGGACCUGGUAGUAGUCAUGCGCGGCCGGGGCUCGCCGCAAAGAGCAUGCUCGCCCGACACGAUUCUCUAGGUUCCAUCAGCAAAGACAGCCAUAACAGCCACGCGGAUGAAUACGGAACUGGGGGUUACAGCAGCAGCAGUGGAAGCAGUCUUCGUAUUGGAGAACGUAGACGAUCUCAAUCAUCCUCGAAACGACGUGGAAGAGCCUCAUCAGUGGGGUCGGCACCGGAGACCGGAACCCCGCAGCCACGGUACUGGACUCAGGAGGAACACCAACGUUUCCUGGAAGCUCUGGAAAAAUUCGGAACCCGGAACGUGAGAGCGAUCAGCGAGUAUGUUGGUACUCGAAACGCAACGCAGGUUCGCACCCAUGCACAGAAGUACUUCUUGCGGCUCACUAGAGAGGCAGAGAGGAAAACCUCGCGACCAUGA